AUGUCUGAUGCUCUUGCAAAUGCAGUAUGUGAACGCUGCCAGACUCGAUUUGAUCCUGCAGAGAGGAUUGUGAACAGCAAUGGGGAGCUCUAUCAUGAAAACUGCUUUGUCUGUGCUCAGUGUUUUCGUCAGUUCCCAGAUGGACUUUUUUAUGAGUUUGAAGGUCGGAAGUACUGUGAGCACGACUUUCAGAUGCUGUUUGCUCCUUGCUGCGGGGAAUGUGGUGAGUUCAUUAUUGGGCGUGUUAUUAAGGCAAUGAACAAUAACUGGCACCCAGAAUGUUUCCGCUGUGAGCUCUGCGAUGUAGCACUUGCUGACCUGGGUUUCGUGAAGAAUGCUGGCAGGCAUCUGUGCAGGCCAUGCCAUAACCGUGAAAAAGCUAAGGGUCUGGGCAAGUACAUCUGUCAGAAGUGCCACUUGAUAAUUGAUGAACAGCCUCUUAUGUUUAGGAAUGAUUCCUACCAUCCGGAUCACUUCAACUGCACCCACUGUGGGAAGGAGCUGACUGCUGAGGCCCGGGAACUGAAGGGAGAACUGUAUUGUCUGCCCUGCCACGACAAGAUGGGAAUCCCCAUCUGUGGAGCCUGCCGCAGGCCCAUUGAGGGACGAGUGGUCAACGCUCUGGGAAAGCAGUGGCAUGUUGAGCAUUUUGUUUGUGCCAAAUGUGAGAAGCCAUUCUUGGGGCACCGACACUAUGAGAAAAAAGGACUGGCUUAUUGUGAAACUCACUAUAACCAGCUCUUUGGAGAUGUCUGCUACAACUGCAGCCACGUGAUAGAGGGAGAUGUGGUAUCAGCUCUUAACAAGGCCUGGUGUGUGAAUUGCUUCUCCUGCUCCACCUGCAACAUCAAGCUUACACUGAAGAAUAAGUUUGUGGAGUUUGACAUGAAGCCUGUAUGCAAGAAGUGCUAUGAGAAAUUCCCUCUGGAGCUGAAGAAACGCCUGAAGAAGUUGUCAGAGCUGGCAUCUAAGAAGGCACAUCCCAAAGCUCUGGAUUUAAACUCUGCUUAAACAGGUCUGUCAGUCUACUGACUGCACUCUUACAGUCAUAAGCUGCUGCUCAGAGCAGCUGUUGGUUACAGAGGCAAUUACUAAGAACAAGUGAAACCAAAGAUAAGUAGUACCUUCCCUUGCUUCUAGUAAUGUAGCUUGCAUCUUGACUAUCCCUUUUCUCAAGCAAUUGUCUAUUAACACUGCCAGAAAGAGGAAUACGAUUUCUGCUUGAGCAGUUUACAGGCUGGUUAUUAAUUUGCUAAUAACAACUUAUUCUGCCUUUGUGGAAUUGUACACAGUCUUUCCUUCCUCAAUUGAACUGUAGUUCUCUCUCCAUUCCUCUAUAGUAUAAGGAAUUUGGAAACAGUGGUUGAGUGUAGGGGUGGAAGAAAUGUGUGAUUUGCUCUUUGUCAGUUAAAGUAUAAAAAUCUCUCUUCUUACCCUGGGUGAUAACAUUUUAAAUUUUUUUAAUAUGUGGGCAAAUAUUCUGAAAGCUGUCACUCUUUGCUACAUGCAAAAUGUUCUGGUCUUUCUCCAGAUUCCUACUGAGCAUACACAAAUGCUGUACAGUCCUUCUGGUUUGCAGGUUUACUGGGAAAGCCCAGGAACCAAUAGUUCUGGCAUCUGUACUCCCCGCUUGUCUGGCUUAGGUCCAAUGUUAAGACAGCUGAAGAAUUUUGCUUUGCUUCUUCCCUGUUCAGUACUAAGGAGAUUUCAAUUGUCAAGGCCAUGUCAGCCUCUUCAGAAUAGUUGGUCUCUCCUUAAGGAGGAGGUGGCUAUGGGAAAUGAAAGAUUUUGUUAGAAACUGACACUAUAAUUUUCUCAGUUUGUUCUCUACUACUACAUGGGUACUAGAGAUUCUAGUGGGCAACACAAAGCAUGUCCUAUCCACUGGCAUAGCUGACAUUUCUUGAGGUAAUGUGGCUGGAGCCUUGGUUAUUCUUUUGCAUGAUGAAAUCAAAUUGAUAAUAUGGUACCAAUUUAAGUGCUUCAGUUUCCCCGUCCUUCUCACUUUAUUUGAAAGAUGAGUAUACGCUUGUUGGUCAUGCUCCAGAAAGCCCAAUUACAUGAAAGGGUUUCUAAUAUUUACAGUUUGUAGCAAAUGUGGUCUUAUGCAGAAAAAACCCAGGAAGUAUUUUUCAUAAAAUUUUCACCCAAAUAAGAGUUUCCGAUCACCUUUCUUCUUAAGACCCGAGUUUACUUAAAGAGAGGACCUCAGACGUGAAUCUGUACGUCUUAAGCAUAUAGUUCUGCUCUGUAUUUUUGCCUGUCAUUGGUGAAGUUUCACUGGUCCUACUGUCUCUGCUAGUACAACCCAAGGUGCUGAGAAAUUUACUGGUUUUGAACAUUCUCGAUAUUUCUUCAGGGGUGAGCCAUCAACAAGUGCUGUUCCUGAGUCCACCUGUGUGUUGUAUAAUCACGGUGAGCUUCUGAGACCUCUGGAGGUGUCCCCCAUAGUUUCUUGUGCUGAACUAAGCUGAGCAGCCUGAAAAUCCCUUUCCCUGAAUGGUUGGAGACUGUGCCUGCCCUUUUGCAAGGUGGACAGGAUGCAAGGCACUGGAGGACUUGCUGCCCCUUGCAUGAUUUAAAUAUUCCAAAAAGUGGCUGGUUUAGUAGGUCAAAUGAACACAGCAGUUGAGCCUAGGCACCACCCUGCAGCCCCAGGUGAAUUAGCUAGCAAGAAGUUAAAGCUUCCUCACUUCUUGUAUGUGUGAGCAGCAACUGGAUUGGGGCAAUAAUCUACCUUAAAAUUGUCCUCACUGCCAUCACACUCUGCUCAGAACGGAUCUAAACAAGAUAAUAGCUAAAGCAUUGACAGCUGUUAACAUGCUUGCUGUAGCUACUACCCAUGAAACUGCACCAGUGAUAUCACAGCAGUGGUGGGAAAUCCUGGUUAACUGUGUGCAGAUAAGAAUCCCACGUGCAAGACCGUCUCUUGGAUACUUACUGGCUUUGCUAAUUCAAUUUCCUUCACCUGCUUUGCUUUUUGUUGCUGUAAGUUACCAUAAACUUAACUGGGGUAUACUGCAUCCACUAUAACACUGAUGAGGGGGUAGGCCUGAUUUUAACAGUAGAACUCUGCCAUCCUCUUCUGACCAAUAUGCUCUGUAGAUUACAGUAAUAGUAGCUGCUUUUGUCACUGCUUUAGGAGAACACAUGGCUAGUCACUGUUCUCUCACCAGCCUUUAAAUGGUCUUUUAGUUAAGGGCAUAAAGAGCAGCAUGUCUUUUGGUGCAGUAGUACGUGGCCACUGCAAAGACCCGUCUCGUAAGCCUAUUCUUUGGCAUUUUUUUCACAGCAUAAAACAGAAGAACUACUGAUCUAGGUGCAGUUCAGUAUGUUAUACAGAUUCUUCUCAGCAUAAAGCAUUCAGGUCUGUUCCUAUAAUCUUAGUCACAGGCCAUGUCUAAUGCUAAAUCUGAGCAGCUGUGUAUCUUCAGCCUCCUGGGAAGAUGCUGGAGGAACACACAGCUGCAUAGCUACUGGUAAAUAUAGAAAGACUAUGUAACUAGCAGGCAAUAGGUAAUACUCUUUCAGUGGCCACUCUCAAGUUCAGCAAUGGAAAAUGCAUGUAUGUAGAGGUGAAUGGAAUUACUUUUGUACUGCAAGUAGAGAUUUAGUGUGUGCUCUCACUUUGUCUCAUGUUAGAAAUUCAGUACACCUAGUAAGCUUCAGUGUUCAAAGGACAGUUGAUAUCAUUCUCUUUGAUAAGCUGUUCAGUUCUCUAGGAUUUGGAUUAUGUCCUUAUCUUCAGAGCAUUUACCAAAAUCAGUGUGGGAAAAAAGUCAUCAUAAUCCCUGAUCUCUAUAUUAGUGGAGGGUGAUGUUCUCUUAGUAUCUCUUAAAUUAUUAAUUUUUCACAAUUAUUUUUCUUAUACUCCUGCUGCCCAUAGCCUGCAAUGUGCAGAGUUACAGUAGUGAAUACUACUGACAUACCUUUUGUGGGGCAGUGGAAUUGAAGGAGUAAGAGAAAUAACUAUAAAUAGUUUAAAUAAAUGCAUCUUCCUCUACAUCUUUGAGUCCACAUUUUUAAAACUACAUAGAAUAUAAUGCAGACUUAUGAAUUCUCCUUAGUGUGUUGAUAGGCUGACAGGUUGGUUUUUGUUUGUUUGUUUGUUUGUUUGUUUGUUUGUUAGAAAAAAGUCAAGGUCUCAGUCAGAAAUAAGCUGCAUGCUUUUUUCCAUUGCUGUAAAUAGACAUGCUGGCCAAAUUCAUCCUAGGUAUCACACCACUGGAGAGUAUAGAUUUAUAGCAAGGUUGAACUUGGCUCAGAAGUCUACACUUACUAAAAGCGGCUGUCUCAUUAUAUACAUUUAUAGUUUACAUUCAUAUUUAUACAUACUGAAUUAAAAUCACUAAUAUUCACUGAGUACACUUGAAAAUGGUUUUGCUUUUAGAAACCACAGUAUGUGAAGCUUGUUUGUAUUCAAAGGCUAUGUUAAUCACUUGCAAUCUUUCUUUAUGGCAACCUAAUCUGCUCUCUAGGUCAUCCUGGUCUUUAUUUUUACAGUUUGUGCAAUGUAGGCAAAUGUUUUUCAACCUUCUGUACAGAGAGUUUCCAGAUGUUGCAUGUUUUGUAUUAGAUGAUGUGACUGACGCUUUUCUAAGAAGUGGUUGGAUGGCGCAGGAAUAAAUUUCAGCCAAACAUGUAAUAAAUGCGGUUGUAUGAGUCUGUAAAGCACUAUUAAGUGCUGAGGAUUGUAUAGACUGAGUAAAAGAAUUAGCAGCUACUUGCCUUGGUUCAGGCCUUGAUGAGCAGUGUGGAUUCUGCACCGUGUGGAGCUCUGAUUUUAUCACACAUUGCUUUUGCUGUCUAACCAAAAAGUGAUUGUGGAUUGAAAUCUUGUAACACUGUACCUUUUUAUGUUCCUGUAAUAAAGUUAACUGUAAUACAUUUUAAAUCUUCACACAAAAAACAAAUGUAAAAAAGUUGUAUAUUAUACAGUAAAAAAAAAAAAAAUCACAUUUGCAAUGCUGAGCCAGAGAGCAUUAGGCACUGAGGAACUCUGGGGAUUGCCCAAAUCUGAUGCACUGUUGUGAAUUCACAUUUUGGAUCUGUGCUGCUUCUAUGGUGAUGUGUUGGUUGAUGAGGAUGUGCAGAAAGGGGUAUCAUCCUUUUAGAGGCUGUGCUGUACAAAUUGUGUUGUGUAUAUGAUGAGUAGAUGGGAUGCUAUGAUCAUUUACAGGCUGUGGUGGAAGUUUGGUAGGUUUAGGUUACAUGAAUUAGAGCGAAUAUUCAAUUUUCUUGUUA